GAACCCUAGCUUCCCAAAAUCUCAUUUCUUCCUUUUGCCGCCGACCAUCUCUAAGAUUUCACAAAAUUCUUCUUAUCCAUUCAAAGUUUGGAUAGCCCACAACAACACAAGAAGAGAUUUUCGGAUUUGAAGUUCUUAUCAAGAGUCGCAGAGGAUUUUCGAAGUCGAUUCAAAUUGGGAAUCCUAAUAUUUUAAAGGUAAUUAAUUAUUCUACACAUGGAUUCUUUGGAGAAAAAGAACAGUAAGGGAAAAAGGGUGAAUUUAGAGUUAGAAUGUCCGCCAUUAUCCAAGAAGAACAAGUCACACAAGGAUGGAUUCUCUGUACAGACCAAAAGACCUUGUGUAAAAGACUUGGUUGCUGCUUGGAAUAGUCUGAGUAAUCUUGACAAAGAAGCUCAAAAUAAUGAAGAACUGAUGAAGGAAAAAUUGGCGUUAAUGCAAACACGACAAUUUUAUCAAAGUGAGAAGAUAGGAGGAUUGGAAGUAGAGGUAAGAAGCUUAGAGGGACAGUUGGGUGAGGUAUUAGCUACAAUUGAUCAAUUAAAGAGAGAAGGAGGAAAGGUGCUCUAUUUGGUCAAUGGAAUCUACUUUGAGGCGAUGAAGGUUGAGCGUACUAUUCCACCAAAUCAGCAUGAUGCAGCUUCAAAUUUUGUGGAAAGGCUUUCAAGGAGGAUAAGGGAUUAUUGUGAACAUGAACUUGAAACAAUAGAGUAUUGGAGAAACAAAGAAAAGUGAAAGUUUAUGAUUGUUAUC